GAUAGUUAAUUAGAAUUAGAGGGAAUUUACCGAUUAAUGACUAACGGACACUAACAUCGUUAGUCAUCAAAGACAAGUGGAUGUAUUUUUUAAAAUGUUGGGAGUAUAUGAUGAAUUUGGAAACUCGAAAAGAUUAAUAGAUAGGGAAAAGAAAAGACAAACUGGACAAAGCUAGUAGGUGUAUCACUGUAUCAUGUCUGCAUACAAUUGGACAAUUAAUAUUAGACUAUGAAUUUUAUAUAAUUUCACCCCAACCGUCCCCAAACCUUUCUGGCUGAAAUUGUAACACCCAAAACCCUGAAUGACCAAUCAACCUAUUUUCUCAUAAAAUUUCAUACAUUCUCAAAAUUACCCACUUUCCCGUUUCCGUGGGACAAGGAUCUUUCUUGAUUCCUCUUCUUCCGUUAAACAAUUCCCACAAUCUAAAAAUGGGCAAACUUUGUUUAUUACUGUUUUUAAUCCUCCAAUUUUCCCACCUUCAUCUUUCUCAUUCUUCAAGCUCUGAUCUUUUUAAUUCAUGGUGCAAACAACAUGGCAAAACUUACCCAUCUGAGGAAGAAAGACAACAAAGACUCAAAAUUUUUGAAGAUAAUUUGGAAUUUGUCAACAAUCAUAACAGUUUGGGAAAUUCCACUUAUACCCUUUCUCUCAAUGCUUAUGCUGAUUUGACCCACCAUGAAUUUAGAAGUUCAAAACUUGGGCUUUCUUCAUCUGCCAAUGAUUUGAUCAGGUUGAAGCAUAAUAACCCUGUUCAACUUCCUGAUGUGGGUGUUCCUGAUUCUGUUGAUUGGAGAAAUCAAGGUGCUGUCACUAAUGUCAAGGAUCAAGGAAAUUGUGGCGCUUGCUGGUCGUUCUCAGCAACAGGGGCGAUUGAAGGUAUAAACAAGAUUGUUACAGGCUCUCUUGUCAGCCUUUCUGAGCAGGAGUUAAUCGAUUGCGAUAGAGGCUACGAUGAAGGCUGUGAUGGAGGGCUCAUGGACUAUGCUUAUCAGUUUGUUAUAUCUAACCAUGGGAUUGAUACGGAGAACGAUUACCCAUAUGAGGCUAGGCAGAAAUCCUGCAAUAGGAACAAGCUUGCAAGACAUGUGGUUACUAUUGAUGGUUAUGCUGAUGUCCCUCCUAAUCACGAGAAAGAGCUCCUAAAGGCUGUUGCAGCUCAACCAGUAAGUGUAGGCAUAUGUGGCAGUGAUAGAGGAUUUCAAUUAUACUCUAAGGGAGUCUUCUCUGGCCCAUGUUCCAACGCUGUAGAUCAUGCCGUUCUGAUUGUUGGUUAUGGUUCAGAGAAUGGGGUUGAUUACUGGAUAGUUAAGAAUUCAUGGGGAACUGGAUGGGGUAUGAAUGGCUAUGUACACAUGCAGCGGAACACUGGAGACGCUAGUGGAAUCUGUGGCAUCAACAUGAUGCCUUCAUAUCCAACUAAAUCAAGCCCUAAUCCACCACCACCACCUCCUCCGGGACCUACUAGAUGUAGUCUUUUCUCAACCUGUCCAGCAGGUGAAACUUGCUGUUGUGCACGGAGGUUUCUUGGUUUUUGCUCGUCAUGGAAAUGCUGCGAGUUAAAUUCUGCAAUAUGCUGCAAGGAUGGUGUUCAUUGUUGUCCCCAUGAUUAUCCUAUAUGUGAUACAAGCAAAAAUGUUUGCCUCAAGUUUGAUCUUGCAGCGAGCAGGAAACAUCACAAUAGCCAAACCUUUUAACAGCAGACAGAGCAGCUUGUGAAGUAACUAGUUUUGAAUGCUAUAAAAGUAUCUUUGAAUGCUAAGAUUGCGAUAUAUGGGCUAGGUAGAAGAACAUCCUUUAUAGAGGAAAGAAUUUAUGUGGAAAUGUUGCCUUUAUGCUGAAGGAGUUGAAUACUUGAAUGUGGUGAUUUUGCGACAUGGCCUUCUUAAUACUGUAUUUUUCGGCUGAAGGAACUCUUUUCUACUGUACUUAUUACUGUUAAUAUUAAUAAAACCGAACAGUCGGAUUUUCACGAA